UAUCAAAUGAAAGGUUUACAAUGGAUGGUUUCAUUAUAUAAUAAUAAAUUAAAUGGGAUUUUAGCUGAUGAAAUGGGUUUAGGUAAAACUAUUCAAUCUAUUUCAUUAAUUACUUAUCUUAUUGAAAGGAAACAUGAAGAUAAAUUUUUAGUUAUUGUACCAUUAUCAACUAUAACAAAUUGGACAAUGGAAUUUGAAAAAUGGGCACCAAGUGUUCGAGUUAUUGUUUAUAAAGGAUCUCCACAACAAAGAAGAUCUUUACAACAUGAAGUAAGAUUAGGAAAUUUCCAAGUUAUGCUUACAACUUAUGAAUAUAUUAUUCGUGAAAGACCUUUAUUAUGUAAAUUUCAUUAUUCUCAUAUGAUUAUUGAUGAAGGUCAUAGAAUGAAAAAUGCUAGUUCUAAAUUAUCAAUUACUUUAAAACAAUAUUAUAAAACUAAAAAUAGAUUAAUUUUAACUGGUACUCCAUUACAAAAUAAUUUACCAGAAUUAUGGGCUUUAUUAAAUUUUGUUUUACCAAGAAUUUUUAAUUCAGUUAAAUCAUUUGAUGAAUGGUUUAAUACACCAUUUUCAAAUACUGGUACUCAAGAAAAAAUUGAAUUAACUGAAGAAGAAUCUUUAUUAAUUAUUCGAAGAUUACAUAAAGUUUUAAGACCUUUCUUAUUAAGAAGAUUAAAGAAAGAUGUUGAAAAGGAUUUACCUGAUAAAGUUGAAAAAGUUUUAAAAUGUAAUUUAUCAGGUUUACAAUAUGUAUUAUAUCAACAAAUGUUAAAACAUAAUGCAUUAUUUGUUGGAGCUGAUGUUGCGGGAGCAAAAUCCGGUAUUAAAGGUUUAAAUAAUAAAAUUAUGCAAUUAAGAAAAAUUUGUAAUCAUCCAUUUGUAUUUGAAGAAGUUGAAUCAAUUUUAAAUAGUUCAAGAUUAACAAAUGAUUUAAUUUGGAGAACAUCAGGAAAAUUCGAAUUACUUGAUAGAAUAUUACCUAAAUUUAAAGCAAGUGGACAUCGUGUAUUAAUGUUUUUCCAAAUGACUCAAGUUAUGGAUAUUAUGGAAGAUUUUCUUAGAUGGUGUGAUAUGAAAUAUUUAAGAUUAGAUGGUUCAACUAAAGCUGAAGAUAGACAAGAUAUGUUAAAAGCUUUUAAUGCACCAAAUUCUGAAUAUUUUUGUUUCCUUUUAUCAACAAGAGCUGGUGGUUUAGGAUUAAAUUUACAAACUGCUGAUACAGUUAUUAUUUUUGAUACUGAUUGGAAUCCUCAUCAAGAUUUACAAGCUCAAGAUAGAGCUCAUAGAAUUGGUCAAAAGAAUGAAGUACGUAUUUUAAGAUUAAUUACUAAUGAUUCAGUUGAAGAAGUUAUUUUAGAAAGAGCUUUACAAAAAUUAGAUAUUGAUGGUAAAGUUAUUCAAGCUGGUAAAUUUGAUAAUAAAUCAACCGCUGAAGAACAAGAAGAAUUUUUAAAGAGAUUAUUAGAAGCUGAUGGACGUGAAGGUGAUAAUGAAGAAAAUGAUUCAUUAGAUGAUGAAGAAUUAAAUGAAAUUUUAGCUAGAAGUGAUGCAGAAGUUGAAUUAUUUAAUCAAAUUGAUGAUGAAAGAAAGAUUCAUGAUAAAAAAUUAUUUAAAACUAGAUUAAUUGAACAAGCUGAAUUACCACCAGUGUUUACUGAAGAUGUUUCUAAACAUUUUGAACGUGAAGUUAAAGAAUUAGGUAGAAUGAGAGAUAAAAAGAAGGUUAAAUAUGAUGAUGGAUUAACUGAAGAACAAUGGUUAAUGGCUAUGGAUGAUGAUAAUGAUACUAUUGAAGAUGCCAUAAAACGUAAAGAAUCUCGGAUAGCUAAAAGAAAGAGAAAUAAAGCUAUUAGAGAAGGAUUAUUAAUUGAUGAAAUUGGUGAUGAUGAAGUUGGUGAAGAAGAUGAUGAAGUUGGUGAAGAAGAAGAAGAUGAAGAUUAUGGAGGAAGAGCUGCCAGUAGAAAAAGACAACGUAAAAGUCGUUCACGUACUCCACAACCAGAAUUAGAAGAUGAUGAAGUAGAAGAAGAUGAAGAUAUGGUUAAUGGAGAUGAUGAAUUAACUCAAAAAUGUAAUUCAGUAUUAGCAGAAAUAGAACAAUUAGUAGCUGAAGAUGGACAUUCAGUUGCAGAAAUCUUUCUUAAAUUACCAUCAAGAAAAAUCUUUCCUGAUUAUUAUAAAAUUAUUAAACGUCCUGUUUCAAUUAAUCAAAUUAAGAAACAAGUUCAACAAGAGAAAUUUGAAGAUUUUGAAUCAUUCAUUGCUGAAUUAAGACAUAUGUGUCUUAAUGGUAAAACUUACAAUGAAGAAGAUUCUUUUGUUUAUAGUGAUGCAGUUACCAUUGAGAAAUUACUUGAUACAAAGUUAUAACGAGUAAAGUAAAGUAAAGCCUAUAUAUAUAAUAUAUAAUAUGUAAUAUGUAAUAUGUAAUUUAUUGUACAGUAAUAGUAAUAUGUCUUAAAUCCGAAUAUGGAUAUGGAUAUGGAUAUAUCGCAUAGGAACUGGGGGGUUGGGCACAAAAGGACAAGGAGGGGAGAUACAAGUUAAGCCCAGAGAACAUUCUCCAAUCUGACCACUUCCAUG